AUGCAAGUGAUAUCCCUCGCGACCCUGCCAUACGAUCUGCUCCUGAACAUCGCUAGACACCUAGAGCUGCUGGAUAUUUAUGCUCUUCAGCUGACCUGCAAGUCGCUACACGCGUUCGCAGUCACGCGGCCAGUGUACCGCAACCUCGCGACAGCGCUACUCAGACGAUGUCGUGCCCUCCCACUCCACGGCUUCCAACGACUAUCGGAUCUCACCGACGAGCAGCUAAUAGAAGCCGUCAAUCAAGCGACACGAUUAGAGAAGGCGUGGCUAACACGAGGUCCCCGGCCGUCGACGAAUUCGUCGUACUUGAACACACCAGAUGGGUCGCAGAAGGGGAUGCGGAAGUGGUACAAGGUGAUCAGCGCGCCACCGAACGAGGAGGUGGACUGGCUUUCACCGAUCACGUCGAGCUACAGCCUGUGUGCGACGAAGAGCGGGAAGGUGGUGUGCUGGGACGUCCACCGAGACAUCUGCCUGGCGGAAUGGGACCCGAAGGAGCGAUGGGAAUUGUGGAAGUGUCGGGUCGAGUUCGACAUCCGGACGGUCUUUUUCACGAUGGCCAAGGUCCUUCAACGGUCGUACGACGACCGAGUGAUGGAAUUUGUGCUGAUGAAGCUGGAGUUCUUCGACGACGAUCGGGAACCGCAGUUCUCGGAGCUGGCUGUGUUCAAGACGAUUGGGGUGGUUAUGAAUGUGUUCUUGCUCGAUCCCUCGUCGCGGUUGCUGUCCGCGUUUGUAUGGGUGUCGAGCUCGAACACGAUCGGGCUCUACGCGCUGUUGGACUGGAAGAAGAACGAGUAUGUGUUUGUCGACACUGGUGUCGAAUGCUCGCUAUCGUCGAAUUGGUCAUGUAUCCUAUACAAGGGGCAGAUCGUGAUCCACUCGGAAGAGAGCGACGUCGCACACCAGUACUUCUAUCCCAUCUCUGUCCUCCAGCGACACGCUCGGCCGUCGUCACCACUGUCAUCCUUCGUUCCUAGCAUAUCCGAGCGGCUUCCUCCAAUCACCACCAUGACCGCCAACUUCAUCUUUCCCCCGCAGACACGAGGGAACACCCCAGCGUCCGUCUCAGAGGCGGACGUGGACGGUGCAAAUGGCCACGCACUUGUCGUGGGGCCAGGGCACCCAGCACACGACAACGGCGUUGUCCCGAACGGAAACCCAAACGGGCACGCGCCAGAAGACGGGGACGAUGGCGGGUCCGUCGCGGAUUCUAACCCGUUCCCUUAUCCGCCUUGGUACCCCGAGUCUGCGCACUUCGUCAGGCAGUGGUGGCCGACGCUUGCGUCCGUACCGCGCCUGAGCUGCACGGUCGUCCUCCUCGCAGACCACGAGCCGGACACGCACCGGACGCGGUACGUCCUCGCUCAACACUACUUCAAGGUCCCGCUCGUCGAGCCGGAUGAGGCGGAACAGAUCUCCGCGUCCGCGUCAAGGGCCGUCGCGGCGAAGCACGGGUUCCUCAAUGGUACCUCUCAUUCGAUGGAGAACGGCUGCGGUGCCAGCCCCACCCCGUCCGCCUCAUCCCACGACACCGAGCUCGCCACGGACGGCGACGUCGUCGACCUCGCGCGCCCUCCACCGCAGCCCGAGCAACGCUCGCGCCGGGGCACACCUGAAUCGUCGAUGAUGCGCCUUUGGUACGUCUCGGAGCCGUUCGAGGUCGUCUGUGUGCUCGACGGCAUGGACGACGACCUUGACCCAGAUGGCAGUCCCGAGCGCCCGCGGCCGCUCAUGGCGGUCGACUUUGGGCACGCGGUGUGGAUCGAGUUCGCGUUCCCACCAGAGCUCGAUCGUGACGAGAAGCGGCUAAGGUUUGUGACGUUCCCCCCGGUGACAAACGACCGGGAUGAGAUGGGCUAUGGGGGGACGGAAGCGGCGGAGAGCUUGGAGGGGAUCGUGAGGACGCUGGAGGUACCGGACGAGUUGGAUUUGGACACGGUCGAGACGAUCAAUAUCGACCAGAGCCAGGGGGCGAUCAUUAUAUCCGUGAGGGACGGGAAGAUCUUCAUACUUUGUUAUGAAUGA